CCCGUCUCGGUCUGUUCGUGCUGUCCACAUCUUCAAAAUAAGCACGACUAAUUUCCAAUCAGGUUUGAGCUGUUGGAGAACCUAGCUAAACUUGUUAGGUUUGCGUUUGUGGAGUCAUGAACGAAAAGCUGUUUUUACUAUUUAUCAACAGACGGAGUAUGAAGUUAAUAUGAAGAAACUAGCUGAUGUGUUUCCAGAGGACUCUGAAAGUACUGAGUCAUUUAAUGGUUUUUCUGACUCUGAGCUCACAGAUACGAAUUUAGGUUUAUAUCAUGAAGUACAUCCUGACUUUUCUGCCAUGGAGCUGGAGGCUACAUCUCAACCACCUGCUGCCUGUCAACCCUUCAGGAUGAGGAUUGCACUUCGCUCAUCUUCUUUACAUUUCCCACAGAAUGAAGAUGUAGGAGAGGAGAAGGAUAAUAUAACAGUAAAGAGAGGGGUGAAGAGGCCAAGAGAGGCUAAAAAGACAAAGAAGGGCAGAUGUGUUAAAUUUGAGGAUAAGGAGAUGGCUGUGAAUCAACCAUCCCAGACUGAGGAGCAUGGAUCAAGUCCUGCAAAAAAUGAGUCGGAUAAUUUCCUGGCCAAGAGAGAGCAGAACAUCAAGGCGAACAAAGCAAUGUUGGCUCAGCUGAUGGCAGAUCUGCAGAAAAUGCCCGGAGGAGCGGGGCUUUUGAAACAACAUGCAGGGAGACAGAAAACAAAAGGAAAAAGCUCUCGUCGCUUUGGUCCGGUUGAAGGGGAGUCCAAAAGGAACCCAGAACGGGCUUCUCGCAGACAGACUCGCUCUAUGGGGGGAAUCCAGGACCCUUCAGCUCAUCAGGAAGCAGAUGUGGAGCUCAGCUUGGAGGAAGAACUGCUGGAGGUGCGCCAAGCUCCACGUCGUCAUGGCACUCCACGACCCAAUCAGAGCAAACCCCACAUAAUCCGUCCGGUAGAUGACAUCACAAAAGACGAGCUGGAGUUGGUGGCUGACAAUAUGACUGCGAAGGUGUACAACAGUGUCUCAGGCUCCUCGUGCCAUCAGUGCCGGCAGAAGACUGUCGACACAAAGACGUGCUGCCGCAGUGAAAACUGCCGGGGAAUUCAGGGUCAGUUCUGCGGACCGUGCCUCAGGAACAGAUAUGGAGAGGAUGUCAGAGAGGCUCUGCUUGAUCCGGACUGGAAGUGCCCCCCAUGCCGAGGCAUAUGCAACUGCAGUUUCUGCCGUCAACGCGAGGGCCGUUGCCCUACUGGCAUCCUGUUCCCUCUGGCUCAGUACCACGGUUUCUCUGACGUCCACUCCUAUCUCGUCAGCCUCCGUGAAAAACUAAAGGAUGAAGAGAAAGCAGAGCUGUGAUUUUAACAACUGGAGCAGCUGUUGUUGCAUCCUUUCCUGUUGUGAGAUUUUGUCUUGUUUUUUUCCUUUUGUAAAAUGUGUUCAACUUUUAUUUUUUAUUUUUCUGCUGACUUGUGUGUAUUGUGAAUAAAGCUAGAGACAUGAUUGGAAAGAAA